AUAUAUAAAUAGUUAAAUAUCAGCAAAAAUAUACAUAUAUCAACUCCAAACUCCAUUUUAAACACUCUUAUAGUUAUACUACAAUGACAGUAUGGUUGACAUGUGUGUUAGUCACUGGUAUUGUAGUGUGCGUCAUAGUGAUCGUGUUUGCUUUCUUUAAAAUGAUGUUUUCCAUGAAAAAUGAUAACGACGACGGCAAACUCGAAGCAAUGCGUGAACGACAGGGGCAACAAAACAAUCUUCUAUUAGCAAAUUUUAUCGUUCCUUUUCUAUAAUCUUUAUUUUCCUGAAAUUUAUGGUUAUAGUUCGUUAUCAAUUAUCUAUAACCCAGUAACGGGUAAGAAUAUGACUAUUGAUGGAUCAACUGAUGUAAUGAUCUUUGGUUAAGAGCUUAAGAAUAAAGACAAUGACACUAUCGAAGUUAUAUAUGACCGUAAAGUAUGUGGUUAAAACGUUAAUACUGCAAAAAGCUGAUAAAGUUUAAACUUAAAAGUUAAAACCAAUAUGCAUUCGUAUUAAUUAGUAUCUAAUGAAACUAUGACUAUAUGGUAUUGUACCAUGCAAGUGUACAUGCCCUUGGUGUUUUUAAUUUGUUUCAAUAUAAUAUCUCAAACAAUUUCAGUAUUUAGGUGGAAGUUCCGAUCAACUUCCUAAAUCUUAUUAGGCAUUUCCUGGAAACCAACGCAUCUCUCGCGUUUGCCAGUAAAAACGACCGUAAGGUAACUCAGAGAACCUUAAUAUAGGACUGAAGAAAACCACCAAAAUAAGGAAACUCAUAGCUCUUGGAAAUCUUUAUGAUUCGAAUUCUUUGUUAAUAGAGUUUUAUCUCCUCUCAUAACAUAAGCAGAAUCUCUAUUAAAAAAACGAUUUAUGAAAAAGUUUUUGAUUGCUUCACGCGCAAUUUUGGUAUGCAUAUGCAAGUUGAAGGUAACCUCACCAAUGAAGGGUUUCUUAAAAGGGUUGAGGUACAUUGCUCGUAUCUUCGAAGAUGAGAAGGAACCAGAGAUACAGAUUGGAAACCCGACCGAUGUCAAACAUGUUGCUCAUAUAGGAUGGGAAGGGCCCUCUGCUACGACCCCAAGCUGGAUGCAUGAGUAUAAGUCUCCAGAGGAGUCAAAAGGAAAUUCCAACAAGAAAGAGAAGCAAAGGAACAAGGGGAGACGUAAAUCAUCUACAAACACAAACAACUCACCUUCAGAGUCUCCAUCGAGAGUGGGAGGAUCAGCUAGGCCAUCAAAACGCAGCACGGGUAAGCAGAGAGAGCAGAGCACGGGUGAAGGGUCAGAGUCAGGUACAGGGAUAGACUUACCUCAACAGAAUGAUCAGUCCUUGGGACAGAAAAAAUCGAGGCAGAAACGGUCGAAAGGUGGAGGAGGACGAGGCGGCGAACCUUCUCAGUCUACUGGACCUGCAAAGUCAAAAGAAACAGAUAUAUCCGUGCGGGCGGUUUUACCUUGUGUGGGUCUUGGAAGUUCUACCGGAAGAUGAGAGGUGAGAAAAGGAGAGUUUUUCUUGAUCAAGUUUAGACUAGAGUGGUGCUUUUGUUUUUCUUCUCAUCAUCUACAUACCUUUUCCUUUUCUGAUCUCCAUUUUGUUGGAGUUGCAUUUGUAUAACAAGACCAAUGUUUUUUAUCAAGUGAGUUACGAGAAAAGAGAACCCUAUGAUGAUUAUGAAUCAGGAUGUGUAACUUA